CUAAAAGUUGUCAAAGAGUGAAUAUAUAUUGAGGUUGUCAAACAUGCAGCACGCUAUGGCAAUGACCAGACUACGACUGGCUUUGUCUCUCCUGGUCCUCCUCGCUCUGCAUUGCUCGCCUGUACACAGCCAUGGUAGACUGUACGAACCGCCAGGUCGAUCCACUGCUUUUAGGAGGGGAUUUAACACCCCGGCGAACUACGACGACAUGAGCCUGAACUGUGGCGGAUUUGAUAACCAAUGGAACGUGCAAGGCGGAAAGUGUGGCGUAUGUGGCGACCCCUGGCAAGGUCCUCGUGAAAACGAGGCUGGAGGGCUUUACGCCACGGGGACCUUAGUGCGGCAGUAUACAAUGGGAGAAUAUAUGCCAAUCGUAAUAGAAAUUACAGCACCGCAUAAAGGGUGGUAUGAAUUUAGACUUUGCCCACACAACGAUCCCAACACCCCCGUCAGCUUGGAGUGCCUGGACCAAUAUAAACUUCAUAUAUACCUACAUGCUAAUGGGACGACUGUCAACCGUUACCACAGUUUGGAUGAAACAAAUACCGGAUGGGUAGGGGGCAAGGUGUACCUACUGGCCAAACUGCCUGAUUACGUCACCUGUACACAGUGUGUGCUGCAGUGGAAAUGGCACGCCGGGAACAGUUGGGGUACAGACCCUGAUGGGACCUCUUGUCUGGGCUGCGGUCCACAGGAAGAGUUCUACGGCUGCGCAGAUAUUGCUAUCUAUCCACCUGGGCAAGGGAUAGGAGGAGUCACGUUGCCUGCUACGACACCAAUGACUACUACAACACCAACGACUACUAUAACACCAACAAAUACUACAGCAACAACGCCUACCGGUACCAUAGUGCCUACAACUACAACAACGCCAACGACUACCACAGCAGGUGCUAUUACAUGUGGCGACAGGCAGUUCCAACCUGACCCUAACGAUGUAAACUGCUACUACCAUUGUUCUAAUAACAUACCGUAUCACCAGUGCUGCCCGCCGGGAACGCAGUGGUCGCAGACCUUAUUGACCUGCGUUUGGACAAAAUAAGGACCCUGCGUCAUGGAUUAUUAGCUGUAGGGCACUUCCUGCUAAUGACCCUUGCGUGUGAGGGCCCUUGCCCAUUGGUGUGUUUAUGACUUAAUAACACCGGACAAAUUAAUUUCACCUGCUCUUUAGUAAGUUAGUUGAUUAAGAUACAUUAUGCUUUUAAAAAGGCAAAGACCCAAUCAGGAUCUGACCUAGAUCUGAUCCCUAUUGGAAAGUGGUCUAGUCCAGUUUGCAACUGGACUAGUUAGUAACUGGACUAGUUUGGAUCUGACAAGUGACACAUACAUGGUUACUAAAAGAUAAAAGUGCAUUUAUUAUGAUCUGCUGUUUUAACGUGUUUUAAUCCGCUUAAUCUGGGAGGAUAAAUGUUUUUAACGAACAAAAAGGUGGCGAAACAGACAUGUAAUGUAUUCAAUACUUUGAAAGGUAGGUGUGUGUUACAUCAUUUUUAAAAGGUGUG